CCACGAUUUCCCAUUCAUCAACGACUCACCAACAUCUACACUACACAUCGUCGAGCGAUAACUUCAACGAUUGACAAGUCUGCAGUCUUACUACCAUGACAGACAAACCACAAGCCAACGUGCUUGACACCACUCAUCCUGUUCGAUCCAUGUCUGAAUCCACAUCCACUUCAAGCUCAUCAAAGCCAGGGAUCAUGGGAGAGCAUGCACCCGGGCGGCAGCUCGAAGAGGUCGAGGAGCCCAUCAUCGUCGAGAAAGAGACCGAGCCAGCGAGUGACUUUGGUACCAGAGUCGAACUCAGCCGUACUGUAUCAUCAGCACCCUCCGAGUAUCCUGGACCCAAGCAGGUUCUCUUGGUGAUGAUUGCUAUCCUUCUCAGUGUCUUCUUGGUCUCCCUGGACCGAACGAUCAUCGCCACCGCCAUUCCCGCCAUCACAGAUGAAUUCCACAGCCUCAGCGACAUUGGCUGGUACGCCAGCAGCUUCAUGCUCACAUCAUGUUGCUUCCAACUCCUCAUCGGAAGGAUCUUCACCUUCUACUCACCGAAAUACGUCUUCCUGACCUGCAUUGCUAUCUUCGAGAUCGGAUCGGCGAUUUGCGGCGCAGCGCCCACGUCUGUCGCUUUCAUCAUUGGACGUGCGAUCUCUGGCGUAGGAAGUGCCGGGAUAAUGGCCGGCGCUAUCAUUCUAAUGGUCAGCGUUGUGCCUUUGGAGAAGCGACCUGCUUAUCAAGGGUUUUUCGGAGCUGUCUUUGGGCUGUCGUCCGUCAUCGGUCCUCUCCUCGGAGGAGCCUUCACGACCAACGUCUCCUGGAGAUGGUGUUUCUACAUCAACCUUCCCAUCGGAGCUGCCUCUGUCAUUGCUAUCAUGUUCCUUCUCAAGCCGACGACUCCACCAAAUGCAGGUCUAUCGAUUCGUGAGCAACUGGGACAGCUCGACCUUCUCGGCGAAUUUUUCCUCUUCCCGAGCAUCAUUUGUCUGCUCCUCGCUCUGCAAUGGGGUGGAUCGACAUACGCAUUCAACGACUGGCGCAUCAUUUUGCUGUUCACUCUGUUCGCCGUCUUGCUCGUUGCCUUCACGAUUGUGCAAGUAUACAAGGGAGACAACGCCACUCUACCACUCCGAAUCAUGAAGAACCGCAGCGUUCUCGGAGCCAUGUGGUUCACCUUGUGCUUGGCGGGCACCAUGCUUGCGUUGGUAUACUACAUCUCGAUCUGGUUCCAAGCCAUCAAGGGUACCUCCGCCGUCCAAUCUGGCAUCAACUCCAUCCCGAUGGUCCUAUCCCUCGUCCUGGGCAGUAUCGCCUCGGGCAUCCUCGUCGGGAAGAUCGGCUACUACACGCCUCUCAUGAUCGCCUCGUCCGUCAUCAUGCCCAUCGGCGCCGGCCUGAUCUACACCUUCAACCUGGACACCACCACCGGCCAAUGGAUCGGCUACCAGAUCCUCGUCGGGCUCGGCGUCGGCGUCGGCAUGCAGCAGGGCUCCAUCGCGGCCCAGACGGUGCUCAAGAAGAGGGACGUCGCUAUGGGCGUCUCCCUGGUCAUGUUCACGCAGCAGUUCGGCGGCGCCAUCUUCGUCAGCGUCGGCCAGAACGUCUUCACCAACUCCCUCGUGCAGGGCAUCCUCGACCUCGACCUCCCCGGCAUCACCCCCGGCCUGAUCGUCUCGACCGGCGCCACCAACCUGCGCGGCCUCGCGACCGGCGAGCCCUUCGACGAGGUCCUCGGCGCGUACAACCGCGCUCUGCAGCAGGUUUUCCUCGUCGCCGUCAUCUUGGCGUGCCUGAGCUGUUUCGGCGCCGCGGCGCUGGAGUGGAAGAGCGUGAAGAAGAACACUAAGAAGGUCACGGACAGCAGCGACGGGGAGAAGGGGACGAGGUCGACGUCCUCGCAGGAGUCGGAACGCGCGCGUGUCUAGACUUUUGUGUGGGCGUGGGUGUGCAUGUCCCUCUUGUUUCUCUUAUGAUACCCGCUUGUCUCACGAUUUUAUCUUCUGUACCAUUUAGUUCUACUGAGCGGUUUUAGCGCAGAGCGUGUGUGUGGAGGGUUGAGGAUGUUGUCCUCCACCGACAACGACAUUAGAGAUAACGAUCUGUCACGAAAUUAAUGAGUAAUUGAAAU